AUGGCUAAUUUUAAUGCAGCUGGAUCGCAGUCACUUUCAGAAGGCCAACCUUUGGUACCCGAACUAUCGGAUCAAGCAUCUGACGAUCCUCACGACUACCCGGUAGAAGAUACUCACUCCGAUUUCGCAAAAUUCACCCCUAUUCGAGAACCAAGCUCGCCUCAGCAUCAACGAAAACAUGUUAAGAUCAAACGCCGUCCUGUUCAUGUCCCUACGAAUGCCGGUGCAGUAAAUGCCGAUGGAACCAGUUUAUCACCGAUCAUUCCAAGCCCUCUCCGAAUCCGUAAAACGAAACCUUCUCUUCAGCUGACGGUUCCCGCUGCAAUGAAGCAAGUGCGUCUCUUGAUUGCUUCGCUGGGCAAUCCACCACCGUACCACACAACCCGGCAUUCGGCAGGACAUAUCAUUGUGAAGAACCUUGUGCAAUCGCUCCAGCUUCCGACGUUGACAAAGAACAAAGCUCUUGGGAAUGGACUGGUCAGCUCGGGCGCUGAGGCUGGCAGAUCCGAGUACACGUUGUGGCAGAGCACAAGCAUGAUGAAUGUCUCCGGUGCUGGGGUCAUGAAGGCCUGGAAACAAUUCUCGGCCUUCCACAAUGAGAUCGAUACAGUCACAGGUCUGGUUAUCCUGCAUGACGAGCUGGAAUCACAUCUUGGUGCAGUGAAAUUACGACAUGGCGAGUCAAGUCCCAAGGGUCACAACGGCAUCAAAUCUGUGCAGUCCUCUCUAAAAUCAGCCGGACUUCUAAACGCAAUGAGUGACAGGUUCAUCAAAAUCGGCAUAGGAAUUGGCCGCCCUAUCUCGAGGGCACGAGAUGAUGUGAGCGCUUGGGUACUUGGACAAGUCACCCAGGUCGAAAGGGUCAAACUGGAAGCAGCAGCAGAGAGUGUACUUGCGACCAUCCAAAGCGAGAUUGCAAAGCUUGAAAACAGCUAA